AUGAUCAAUGCCCGCCUACAAGACCUGGAGAUGCGCCUUCCUCCGGAGCCCGUCAUGAGGCCCCCCCUGCGUGCCGACCAACGGCAGCCGCCGCCGCCCCGUCACAAGUCCCGGUCGGGGAUCGAGGAGGGCGCCAUGGAGGUGGAUGGGGAAGCCCAGCCAUCCCCGGCGCCCACACCUAGGGCGGUAAAGAAGGCACCGAAGAAGGGCGCUGCAAAGCGGCCGACUGCCCCCCCGCCACCUCCUCCCUCCAAGGGAAAACAGGGGGCAGGACAGGCAGACGCGACCCCUCCCCCCCCCAACCGCUGGAACAAGUGGAGAGGGGGAAGCCCAGUCGGGGACUGUGGGCAACUCCUGGUCCGAGGUUGUCCGGCGGAAGAAGAGGGGAAAUGCCGCUGUCGCUGCUUAUUCCCCCCCCUCAGCCGGAACAACCCGGCAGAUCGCCCCGGCCCCACCAAAGGCCGUUAA